UUGCCCUUAGGUCCCCCACUUUAUUUCCUAGUGACUGUACGUUGGACAGUAGGAUAGUAGGGAGAGGGAGCUGAAGUCCCCUCCGUUUCAGCCUGACCUGUAGUCCUGCCCGAUGGCCACGUUUCUUUACUCCAUGGAGCCCUCUUCCCUGUUUACAGGUACAGUACUUACGGGUCUCCGCGAGGUCGGGGAAUCCCCUGAGAUCGGGAAUUCCCAUACAGUCUACACCUCCAGCUCCGUUGCUACUGAGGGAUCCUGCCCGACGACUUCGAUUCCGACUUCCUGUAGGCCUCCCCGGUGUUUGCAGGUCGGCAGAGAGCCCACUGGGAUCAUGGUGGACAGUAUUUCGUCUGAUUCUAGUGUGACGGAAGAUUCCGAGGAAGGUUAUGUGGUCUUCUGUGCAAUACAUGUCGUCAAUACCCAUAGCAAGGUCAUUGCAUUUAGUGAGAAAAGCUUUAAAAAGUCUCACGAAUGUGCAGCUAAGUGGAUAGAAGUGGAAGAAAGUCUGGAAAGCAAAGUCGCCGCUGAGGCGCUGCAACACAAACACGUCAGCCAAGGCGUGGGACCGGUGAAACUUGAGGACGAAGGCCGUGCAGCUGCUGGCGAUGAUGAUGAUGAUGAUGACCAUUCUCAUGGACAUGGUGAAGCAACUGGAACUGGAAGGAGGCAGCAGUGUAUCCCGGGUUAUCAUGCCGAGUGCUAUCGCCACUUCUGCAACAUUACAACAAUAAAUCGAGCUAUAGCAAGGUUUCGAAAGAAGAAAGACGCUGAAAAGCCUAAAGCAGGAUCCUCUCAAGAAGCAGUUCCUGAUGGCGAACCACAUGAGUCGGCCCCAAAGAGACUGCUUCGGUCCAUGGCAUGUGAUGGGCAACAAACAGCUACUGACCGCAGGCACGUCCCACCAGUGCAUUGCAUCAUCUGUAAAGGCUCAAAGUACAUUAAAGAACAAGCCACGGGUAAACGACAAGCAGAGAAAUUAGUACGAUGCGAAACAAAACAUGGGGGCCAGUUGCUAACUGCUGCCACCUUGAAGCAAGAUGAAGCAUUGCUAUUACACAUAAGAGAUAAGAAUCUUGUAGCUAUGGAAGCAAGAUACCAUAAAUCAUGCUACCUUAGAUACACAAGAGUUGUCAUAGAUUUUGCAAACAUUAUUAAACAAGAUAAUCAGCAGCAGGUGUAUGAGAAGUCCUACUCUAGUUUCUGCAAGAGUGUCAUCGAGGAAAGAAUCAUCCGUGGCAAAGAGAUCUUAAGACUUGCUAAACUUAACCAACUUCUCAUCAAGGAGGUUCGAGAAGUUGAGGGCCUGGAUGCAUCAUCUCACAAGGCAGGCCACUUGAAGGCAAGGUUGAAAAAAUCCUAUCCUGUCUUAUGUUUUACAAGGCUAUCCAGGCAAGUAGAAAGUGAUAUUGUAUUUGUAGAAUCACUUGCUGUUGAAGAGCUGGUUGAAGGUGUGCGAGUUAAUUCAAAUGAGGACGGUGAGAGCAGCAAAAUUGUUGGUGAAAAUCAACAAGGUGGAUCAUCGUCCCAUCACCUCAGAGACAUGUUUCUUGCAGCCCACAUAGUGCAGAACAGCAUCGUCAACUCGCCAAACCCCAUCCAAUGGCCCUUAACUUCUGCAGACUCAACAUUAGAUAAGGCUGUAGAGAUUGUCCCAACUGAGCUGUACAACUUUUUGGCAUGGACCACCGGAGCGAGCAGUCAGCCCAAAGAAUCUGGGAAAGUUGUUGUGCCUGACGAGCUGCAUCACCGUCUGCUGUCAGUUGCCCAGGAUGUCAUGGACCUGAAAAGGAAGGAUACUCCUUCCAUGGAAAACUGACUGUGAGAAGUCAAAUACAGGCGCCUGAAAGUCUUACCCUUCGACCACGUUUCCAGACAAAAUGGAAGCGCAUCCCAUCGUACUUGAGGUUUGUAGGUGACUGAGAGCUCCAAGGUAAUGAGCAAUAAUUUCAGACUUGAUUUCAACCUGGUUAAAGCUUUUGCCAUUGCACACGCCGACCGUGCUGCCAGAUGUAAAGGAUUGGCGGAAUAAAACUGUAUUCAGUGUC